CCCUACAAAAUUUCUGACAAAAUGCAAAAUUUCUUCCGCAAACUCUCAAUCCGCUCCCGUUCCCCACCAGCAGUUCAGAAGAAGAAGUCUUCUCACAAUCUCCUUAAGAAAAACUCCUCCGGAUUGCUUCGUUUUAUUCGAAAUAAUGAUAAACUUCUGGAUGACGAGCCUAUAUUCGACAUGCCGAUGCAUCUGAUGCUCCAUGUCAUCGAUCAAAUGUCAUUCUUCGAGCAAAUCCGCCUCGCCCGUCUUUGCAGAGAGGUUAAGGAGCAUUUGGAGGAGAAGUACAGUAAGAUCAGAAAGUUGGAGUUGAGGAAACGUGAUAUCAAUGAAGCAUGUGCUUCUGAUGAUGCAUUCGAGAGGCAUUCGAAGGCCUAUGUGGCGAUCCGAAUCGAGGAUGAUACCGCGUGCCUUGUGAUUGAUGACGCGUGGGUUGUUGCUGAUUUUUACGUCUUUCUUGGAAUGCUCGAGGUCUUCCGUGAAGGCGUCGAAACCGUCGAGCUAGACGCCCCAAUCGCCGAGCUCAUCGUCAUAUCCAUGUCGGACAUCUCCCUGGAGCGCUGGUACGCAUUCCAGUGCAUCCUGAAAGCCUUCAACGACGUCUACGAGGAUCUUCAUCUAGACUCCGGAUUCAUUGCUGAUCGUGACACAUUCUGGCCAAAAUGCAGUGACAUUGUGAUUCACGCGACAAAAGCACAAGCAGCGGCGCUUGGGCGGAUUUUGGAUUAUGGAGUUAAAAGUGGAUACGUGUUCGAUAGACGGACCAUGGAUCAUUUGAGAUUGGAGUUUGAGGAUUUGCAAGGAUUCGACGAUAAGGCCAUCAAUAAGCAGAUUUAUUACUUCCGAUGCUGGACAGGUUCCCUCGGAUGGGAUCAUCGCUACGAGAUCGUCUUCAACAACAAUUCGCCCAAGGAGUGCCACGUGUAAAUCACUUUUUUUCAUAAUUUCUUCGUUUUUCUCAUCGUCUUGCCCUCCCUCUCAUUAGCUUUACAACCUCCACACUUUUUUUGAAAAAUUUUCAAAAAAAAAAUUCCUCACCAUUCUGUACAUAAUUCCGAUUGUUUGAGACACUCUGUAAUAAUAAAAAUUCCUAUCCUUUUU